CUUUGCUUUACCUUUCAUACAGAGAUACUUCAAUUUGAACUGUUAAUGUUAAAAUGUCAUUCUAAAAUGUAUAAUUGUUCUUUGUUGCAAUCUGGGAUAACAUUGUCUCAGACAAUAGGGAUAAUAUUCUAUUAUAUUCUAUUAUACAUUUUAAGUAUAGAAUCAAGGCACUCAUUCAGAUGGGCACCUGUGCUAUUUACUUUUGGCAAAGCUUGUGCUUUGGUUAUGUAGUUUGUAUAAGGUUAGAGUACUUGCACGUGGAGGGGAAUUCAUUGUGCAAGAGCCAUUCAUUGUGCAAGAGUUGGAAUAUCGUACACUUUUGGAAUUUCACAUUUCGUACUGCACUGGAAAUGUAUUCAAGAGUAUAUAGAAAACGCCAGCAGAGGAAACACAUGAGAAGUUUUGGCUCGUCUAAUGUGACACAAGAAGCCUGCGAAACAGUCACAUUUGGUGUGUGGUUAUUUAUCCCAUCACAAUGUGUGGGUGAAUGGUGUGCUAGUGUUGUCAUAAGGUGAAUGCACCAAUUUGUAAGUCGCUCUGGAUAAGAGCGUCUGCUAAAUGACUUAAAUGUAAUGUAAAUGUAAAUGUAAUGUGUUGUAGAGGAUCACUCCAGAGUCAAAAAGAAUAUCAAUUGUCACCACAACAAUUGCCAAAUAUCACACUCAGUGCAAAAAUUAUAGAUUUAAUAGACAAUAGUUUUUAUUACAACAUCUAUAACACAUGAUCUAGUUCCUAUUUGCACAGGACUAGUAUUACUAGAUACUUAUAAUGAUUACCCCAGCAUGUCUGUUUACAACUGCCCCCAUGUAUUACCUUUUUCAUUCAGAAUUUACCGUUAUGAUACAGAAGCCUGGAGGCUGUUCAAGGCGUGAUGAUUUUUCAACUUGACGAGGGGAUAGCCUACUAUUGGCUUUCGGUUCAGAAAAAAAGUCUAUAUAACAAUGCACUUCAAUGAAGAAGCAUAAACUGUACGCAGUCAUUUAACCUCAAACUCUGGCGCCCACUGGUGGCAUUUUCUGAAGGUACAUUUCAGUUUCAAAACUAUAAGUCCGACAUGCUUAGUACUGUUAGAAAGGUAAGAACUGGGGGAUUCUGACAAGGGAAACAAUGUGACUACUACAGAGCCUGAGCUACAACCCUUGAAAUUUACAGUUGUAGUUUUUUUGUCGGGGGAAUUGUUUUGUUGGAGAAUAAGAGAUUUCAAAUUCUAGGUUUGAAAUAAAAUAUGUCACCAAUUACUGUUCCAAAAGGAUAAGACAAAGAUUCUGAUCCUUUGACCUAAUGAUGGCGCUCUAAACGUGCACACAUUCUCAUAGGAACACAGCCAUUUUAAAAGCACAGGGCUUGUGCAAUGUGUUUUCUUCUUACAGGAAUGAUAUACAUAGGAAGGAAGCUGCAAUCUCUAUCUAUCUAUUGAUGUACAGUAAAUAUAACCCCUGUCUGAUUCCCAGUUAGUUCACUAGAUAGCAGUAGGUGAUCACAUGACGUCUCUUGGCCACUUGAAACCAUUUGGAUCUGGUCUGGUUAGUGAGUCACUGUGCCAAAAUGGCUAAAUGGAUUUUCAAACCUGACAUCUGAAAACAACCUUAGCAACCAGGGCUUUCAAUGGAGUAGAAGUAAUUAAAAUAUGACACAGGCAGGUGAGGAAACUUCAAACGUAUUUUCCCAUUCACGUUUCCUAUUGUAAACGUUGAGCUAGAUCAACUGCACAUGUGGAGGAGUCACACAGGGUAAUGUGGACGGAGAAGGAAAUGCAUUGCUUUACAAUGACCACCAGGGUGUGCCAUUUCCAUGCAUACUAAAUGUUUUCACUUCUGGUGACUACAUUUCCUACUCUAUGAAUGUGACCAUCGCAUUACUUAUAGUCGUUAAUGUUGUAUAACAAAAAGUAUCUACCAAACUCGCCGGACCUGGUAUCUUGUCCAAAACAAACACUCAGAAUUUAACUGGUUUUAAUUCAUUGGCACGAUAGUCUGCCAAAUCUUGUUUUAAACAGUUUCAGAUCCCAGGUGACACUACAGACAGGACCAUGCUACCUUUUUACAUGAAUCUAAAUGUCUGCCUGAUCAUAGGUUGUCUGUGUGAAGUCAUUGUUACCAUGGCAUGGAGUUCCAACAGCACCAAGCUGGACAACACCACCUUGUCCCUGUUCCAGAACGUGACAGCCAGUACAGCAAUCUCCAUCAUCUAUAUUGUGGUCACCAUCAUCAACCUGGUAGGAAACAGCCUCUCCAUGUGGCUCCUCCUCUUCCAUACCUCUCCCAAAACUCCCUCCAUCAUCUUCAUGAUAAACCUGACCCUGACUGACCUGACCUUGGGCCUCGUCCUGCCCUUCCAGAUCAUGUAUCAGUUGCAGGGGUAUAAUUGGAGCCUGGGCCCGGACAUGUGCAGGCUCUUGACCCUGGUGUUCUUUGCCAACAUGUACUGCUCAAUUCUAUCUAUGACCGCCAUCAGCGGAGACCGCUACCUGGGCAUCUGCCGGCCCAUGCUCUUCUGUGAGACCAGGGAAAGGAAGUCAUUCGCUGUGCUUGUCUGCUUAGCCAUGUGGACAGUCGUCCUAUUGGUCCUGUACCCACUCACUAUAACCGACCUGACGUUCCACGUUCCAGAACUCAGGAUUACCACCUGCUUCGACGUUCUAAAAAGGGACAUGCUUCCAUCCAUGGUGGCCUGGGCUGCCUUCCUCCUUGCACUGUUUGUCAUCCUCUUCCUCAUCCCGUUCUGCAUCACUGUUUUCUGCUACAUCAGCAUCAUCCGCAUGCUGGCCCGAGACUCCAAGACCAAACAGAAGGAUAAGGCUAUAGGUCUCGCCGUCACUGUCCUAACGGUCUUUACGCUCUGCUUCACUCCCAACAACAUCCUCCUACUGGCUCACACCAUCCGGAGGCUCUUCUACGGGGAGUCCUUGUACAUGGCCUACAAGCUGACUCUCUCUCUCAGUUGCUUCAACAGCUGCCUGGACCCCUUCAUCUACUACUUUGCCUGUAGGGAGUUCCGGAAGAAGUUGAGGCAGAUGCUAAGGCUGAGAACACUGAGCAGUCUGGACACGGGGAAGAGAGACCUGCACAGAGAGAGCCUGUACUCCGCCCAGUAUGUAUCUGAUGGACAGGGUGGAGAGAACAGCAGAGUGUCUGUUAAACAACACUGUUAAAAAACAGAGAGAGGGCCUUCCGAGUGGCGCUGCGGUCCAAGGCACUGCAUCGCAGUGUUAGAGGCGUCAUUACAGACCGGGGUUCGAUCGCAGGCUGUGUCACAGCCUACAGUGACCGGGGGACCCAUGAGGCGGCGCACAAUUGGCCAAGCGUCGUCCAGGUUAUUGGAGGGUUUGGCCGGCCGGGAUGUCUUUGUCCCAUUACACUCUAGCAACUCCUUGUGGCGGGCCAGGGGCAUGCACGUUCCUCCGAAAAAAAAAUUGGUGCAGAUGGCUUCUGGGUUAAGCGAGCAGUGUGGCUUUGCAGGGUUGUGUUUCGGAGUACGAAUGGGUCUCGACCUUCGCCUUUCCCUUCGCCUUUCCCGAGUCCGCAUGGGAGUUGCAGCGAUGGGACAAGACUGUAACUACAAAUUGGGGAGAAAAGGGGUUAAAAAUUACAACAACAGAAACUGAGAGAGAUGUCAUUUUGUAAUAUCCCCUGUUUAGAUAAUUUCACAGGAAUGUUUUUGUGUAUCUAGACCCAGUAACAAACCAGGCUAGAUGGUGCUUCAAAAAGUUAGUAAAAUAGGGUUAUUUAUUUUUGUGAAGGACUGUUGCAACUUGCAUAAAGAUAUGAAUGGGAUGUGUGUGGCUAAGUGAAAGCUAGGCCCCUUUUACCACAAAUGUGAUCUCUGCCUCCCGCCAAUUUGGGCGGAUUCAUUGUUUCAUUGUGUGAAUUGUUAAACCUACCCACUGGGGUAAUUUGAACGAAAUUACAUUUAACCAGUGUGGAAUAGAAUUUGAAUUGAUUCUCUGCCCAGUGGGUACCUUUGUUCAAUGUUUAUCCAUUCCCCACUAAUUAUAUCACCAGUAAUUAAUUUAAUGUUAAUCUCCGUCAUCUAGAAUGUUAGGGUUUGUUUAAAUCACGAAAUUCUAUUAAUUCAUGAAAUCAAUAUUAAUUUACCAUUUUCGUUCUCAGAGAGUUUGAUGUAAUUGUCCCCAAUGUGGAACAUUGGAACACUUCAUAAAUA